GGCCCGAGUCACAUGGCACGUUCGUGUGUGCGCGCCAGUGACGAUCUGAUUGUCCCGUCGUUAAGUCGUCAUAACCACUUAAAGCGCAUACACGGACGAAUAUAAUAAUAAUAACAAUAAUAAUAAUAAUAUUAAUAUAAGUAUAAUAUCGUUAAAACCGAAAAUCGCGGAUCGUCGUCCCACCCCGCGCCGAAAUAUACCGACGCUCAUUAUAAUAUACAUACGCUCGUGCGUUAAAAUAUACAUUUCGGAAAAUUCGCGAAUUAAUUUUUUUUCCGUUUUUCUCAAGUGUUCGCCGACCGCGGUUCGGGUUCUUUUCGGUUUUUAUUAUCAAUUCGCGACGUACUGCAGCACGUAUAUAUAAAUAUAUAUAUAUCCACAUCAUCGUCGGUCGUCGUUAAAAAUUUUAUACUCUGCUCGUAAAAUCCGCGGGCGCGCGCGCGAGUUUUACGACCCGUCCGGAUAUACGACGACGUCAACGAGAUGACCCUUUUUACGACAAAUUAAACGGUUCGUAAAGCCGACAAAAAGUGUUUUCAUAGUGUGUGUGUGUGUGUUUGUGUGUGUGUGCCCGUAAAAGCGUGUGUGUGUGUGUGUCUGCAGCGCGUAUUUUUACGCUUGCACCGGACUCGCGAGCUAUGCGAUCUUGACGAAACAUCAUAAUCGUAUCGUACCUAUGCAUCGUCGUCAUCGUCGUCGUUGACUAAAAAAAAAAAAAAAUAAAUAGUACUUGGAGAGUGCUGCAGUGUGCGGCGAAAAAGAAUAUCGUUCUACCUAUAUAUUAUAUAUAGCCCACUCGCCCGUGUGAGAGCGGACGAAAAUCGAAGAAAAUUAAAACAUAUAAAAAAAAAUUUAAAAAUUAAGUAGUCUCCGCCGCAAGAUGAAUUCGUAUUUCGAGCAGAGCGGUUUCUACGGUGGACAUCACCAUCACCAGUCGUCGUCGGCGCACCACCACGACCAGAACGCCGUGGCGGCCGCGUACCGCUUCCCCAUCGGAUUGGGCAUGUCGCCGUACGCGUCGUCGCAGCACCAUCACCAUCACGGGCUGUCGCAGUCCAGGGCCCCGCAGGACAGCCCUUACGACGCGUCCGUGGCCGCGGCCGCGUGCAAGCUGUACGGCUCCGGCGGCGGCGGCGGUGGCGGCGGCGGUGUCGGUGGCGGCGGCGGCGGCGGCGGGGGAGGCUCCGGCGGCGGCGGCAGCGACCAGUCGUCCGCGGCCGCCGUGGCCGCGGCCGGCCUCAACUACACGAAAACCGAGCCCUGCGUCGGCAAAUCGGACGCCGCGGCCGCGGCCCACCAGAACGGUUACGCGUCGUCGCCCAAGGACGUGGUGUGGCCGGGCAACGCGGCCUCCGCGGCCGCCAACGGGUCGCUGCUCCGGCCCAACGUGUGCACGCCCGAAUCCCGCGUCGGCUACGGAUCCGGAAACAGCGUGUCCGGCCUGGACGGCGCCGGCGCCAGCCCGAACUCGGCACGCAACUCGGCCGGAUCGCUGUCCGCCUCGUGGAACACAUGCACCGGCAUCAACAACAACGGUCACCAGCAACAGGCCCUGCAGCUCAACCAGCAACAGAACAACCACACGUUCUACCCGUGGAUGGCCAUUGCAGGCGCAAACGGACUCAGACGCCGUGGUAGACAGACGUACACCAGAUACCAGACCCUCGAGCUGGAAAAAGAGUUCCACACCAACCACUACCUGACACGCCGACGGCGGAUAGAGAUGGCGCAUGCGCUAUGUCUCACCGAAAGACAGAUAAAGAUAUGGUUCCAAAACAGGCGAAUGAAGCUGAAAAAAGAGAUACAAGCUAUCAAAGAGCUUAACGAGCAGGAGAAACAGGCGCAGGCGCAGAAGGCCGCCGUGCUGGCAGCCGCUCAGGCCGCCGGUGAUCGCUAAAAGAAAAACGGAUAACACUUUUUUUUUUUAAAAAAAAAAAAACAACCACCCCCGACCUAUUAUAUACGAGUUAUCAUUAAUUUUCCUUAUCGUUUUAUUAUUUUUAUUUUAUUUUUUACCCCCUUCGUCGCCAUAUAUUUUUAACGUUUUUAUUUCUGUACAUAAAUUUGUAAUUUUCGUUUUUUUUUACCCAUGCAACUUUAUAUUAUUAUUAUAUUAUAUUGUAUUGUCGCGCGCGCGACCAUCGUGUUUGUUUCUAGUUGUGUUCAUAUAUAAUUUUGUAUAUAUUAUCCCCUUUAUAUUAUAUUAUAUUAUAAAAAUAAUGUAUUCAUAAGGAUUAUGUCGCUUUUUUCAUUAUAUAUAUAAUAAAUAUAUAUAUAUAUAUAUACAUAUAUAAAUAUUUUAAACAUAAUACAGUAAAUGUAAAUACGAAAUCUAUAUACGUAAUAAGUGUGAUUAAUCACCGACCCCCCCCCCCCCCCGAACCGCUCGUCGCCCAGAAUCGUUCCAAAGAGAAACCGCGCGGCCGAGCUAUAUAGUCGUGUGACGCAAAAACGACCGGCGACGAAAUCCGCAUCUCGAAAAGAAGACGUCAUCCGUCGCCGCCAUCGCCGAGACAAGACCUGCACUGCUGUUACCGCUGCUGCUGCAGGAUUGCCGGAAUGCCACGCGCACACGCGCUCCUAUCCUACGGAUCGUGAUCACCAGGUCAAAUCGAUAACCGCACACACUCACACCACACAUUCGUUCGUGAACGAGCACACCGAGACUCGGAAAAGUAUUCCCUCUGUGUUGUAGAUCAAAGAGAUAAUAUUAUUAUUUAUUUGUUUUUUUUUUUUUUUUUAUAUAUAAUUUUUUUUUAUAUAUAUGGUUUUGUUAUAGGUUAUUUUUUUAAGGAAAACAUUAGUAUAUUUUGUUUUAUUUUUAAUUUUAUUAUUAUUUUUGUACCCCUCGAAUGAUCCUCAAUAAAAAUAGACUAUAAUAUAUAUAUAUAUACAUAGUAUAAAGUAUAUACAUAUUAUAUAAUACACAUUUAAUAUACAUGUAAAAAUGUAUAUAUAAUAUAUAUAUACAUAAGUAUGUACUUACAUUUAGCGCCAACGUGUAAAAAUCUAUUUAAUAAUAACUUUAAUACAUAUAUUAUAUAUUAUAUUAUAUUGAUAAAAUUAUUUGUAGCGAGUGUGUAAUAAUACGAAAUUUAAUAAUAAAUAUAAUUAAUAAUAAUACCUAUUUAUUUUUCAAUUUAUUUUUUUUUUUGUGAAACCAAAAUAUAUAUAAUAUAUUUACUGAAAUAUGUAAUAAUAAUAAUAAUUUAAAUAUACCUACUGUUAGUGAAUAAAUAGAAAUAAAAGAUAAAAGUGAAAUUCUAUACUAAAAAAAAAACAAAGAAUUGCGUUUUAAUUUUUAUUUUCUCCUUUUCACUUAAUUAUAAAACACUAAGAAAAAACACGUACCUCGUUAUCGCCCCGCACGACGAAGUACAAUAAAGUGCAUGCGGAGACGAUGAUAAUAAUAUAUUAUUAUUAUAAAUAUACAAUUGCACACACGCGAUGAUGGCAGUAAUAUAUGUAUAUGAUAUAGUGUUUUGGUAAAUUUUCCGGUCUAAAGUUUUAAACGGCGGCCAAUAAAAAAAUCAUAAAAUUCGAGACAAGCCGUCAUAAGGGGGGGAAUGGUUAUUUCUGUUGCACACACGACAACAGUGCAUUGCGUAUUUGACAAAUACAUUGCUGCCUAUACGUUUUCAGUCCAUAAAACAACAUGUAUAUACACAUUAUACUUAUAUAUUAUGUGUGUUCAUACAUACGUCCCUCGUUGGAGUUAAUUAUCAUCGGCAUAAACGCGCGGGCGCGAUGAGUCUCGUGAAUUACUGUAUAUGUGUGUGUUUGCGUUUAUACGAGAUAUAUAAUUGUAAGUCGUAUAUAUAUAUAUAUGUAUACAUUUAUACUCGAUUGUUUAUCGCGCAUAAUACAUAUGUGACGCACUUUGUUCGCGUGUACAUCUCCAUUUCAUGCGCAUAUAUGUACAUAUAUGGCACCCCUAAAACGGAAUUUAUAGGUCUAUGUACGGCGGCGGACGUAUUUAUUUUUAUUUUUUUGUUUGUGCACCCCACACACUUGCGCAUCGCAUAUUAUAUUGCAGUGUGCUACAAAACUGCAGCAGUAAAUAUAAUACACACACACACAUAUAUAUAUAUAUAUAUAACAUUGCGACGGAUUAUAACGUUGUCGAGCUCGCGUUUUGUUUAUCACGCCACCAGAUUGGAUCGAAGUUUUAAAUUGCCUUACCCCAAAAAAUAAAUUUAAAAAAAAUAAACGUCGACGCUCGAUGUCUACACAUACAUACAUUAUAUUAUACGCAUUGCUACGCUCGCGCUGCAGUAUAUAAAAUAAUAUAUAGCGUAUAACUCUGUGAUUGGAUGCGACUGCGUUUAUUAUUGCCACUGCAGGCCGUCACGCGUUUUAAAAAUAUGCGAUGUGAGUAUAUCCAUCUCCAUAUAUUAUCGUGUGCUUAAAACCAAUACGGAUUAGGUGUUAUAAUACCCGUGUUUUUGUAUAGUAGACCACAGCGAUGCACAAACGUUGAAUUAGAAAAACGAUUGAUUAGAUUUCUGUGAUUUAAAAAACACACACAUGUAUAAAAUGUUCCUGUAGAAGCUACAACAGUGUCUAACUUAUUUUUAACAUAAUGUCGAUAGCAUUGUGUAUUAUAAUAUACAUCAAUGAUAAUAUAGAAAUUUAUCGAAACGGAACAAUAAACGUGCGCAAAGAAAUGUUAAGAAAAAUCUCAGACGUUUAUCCGCAAAGAGAGCAAUUCUAGUAACUUAUCGAUUCGACCAUACGAUGAUACUGUAGGUAUAGUAGGUAUAGAUUAUUCGAUUGACAUUAUUUGAAAUUUAGUGUACACAACUCUUUGUUAUAUUAUAUAUAUUAUACAUCAUAUAUCGCUAUACACAAAUAUGCCAAAUAUUUUUAUUUCCACUCCAUCUAACAUACAAAAUAUCAAUUUGAAAAAUCUUUUAGUUUUAAAAAGUGUAUAGAAAUUACUAAAAAUGUAUUCACAUUUUAUAGUAUACUGCUAAUAAAUAAGCUUAAGUACCUAUAUAGGUAUAUAUAAUAUAUAUAUUAUAUACCUUGAUGAAAAAAAUUAUGUUUUUUUUGUGGUUGUUAAAAUGACAACGUAAAAUAUAUCACCCAAAAACAUGACGACUAAAAUGACUAUAGGUAUAAUAUAUUAUAAAGCCGACCGAUUUUCUCGCUACUUGACAUUUUAAUUUUUAGGUAUACUUUUUAUUAUCCAGAAAAUGUCAACUGGAGCACGUUUUUUCGUUCGCACAAAUGUCAAAAACUAUCAUAUUAUACAAGUAAUAAAAUCGACACAAUAAAAACUGCGGUUAUUACAUGCAUUUAUGCAAAGUAUAAACAAAACAUAUUUGUAUGCCCAUCGAUUCGUUUCAAUUACCUAUAUUAUGUAGGCUAAAGUAUAAAAAAAAAUAUUUAUAAUCGAAAGCACAAUUUAAUCAAAUCGAGUAAAUUUCGAUAGCAAUAAUUAUUAUCAUAAAUAUGUCUAUUUAAAUAUAUUAUUUAUACUCACUGAUGGAAGCGAUGGGUGUCAUGUGGAAUAAAUAUUGCUAGGUUGAUGAGAAGUUACUGUGUUACAAAAUGUAGAUACCUUCAGCUGAGAUUUAGUUUAAGAAAUUACGUUGAUCGAGAUCGAUUACAUUUUUGUAUAAUUGACUUUCAUACAGGUUUAUUACGGUGUUUCCUAAUUGCAGACAAUGUAAUACCUAAAAAUAUGACAUAACAAAAUUGCAAACACAAAAUAUAUAAACAUACUAAUUGCGGAAAAGUUUCUAAUCAUUAUUCUUAAUACAACCUAUAGACAUUUGGUAAUUUAUAAAUUAUUCUAUACUGUACGAAAUUUAAAACGAGCAAAUAAAAAAAAACUGUCGAAAACUAAAUGAUUCAAUAUUUAAGUGGUGAAAUUAAUAGAUUAAGAUUUAUACAGGAUAUUUAAAAAAAAAAAAAAAAAUACCUACCACAAAAUCUAUGAUGACAAAAUAUUUUGAAAAAAAACAUUUUGAGAAUAGCGAUUGUUCUUUUACAUGACACAAACAUUUUUUAACCCCGUCUACCAUAUUUUUUAGUUAAGUACUUGUCCAAAUCCUUGAAAAAGUGGUGAAGGGAAAUAUUUGUGUCCGCAAUUCGCAUUGUUUUUAUUAGCUGAUGUUCGUGAUCAAUAUUUUUUUUAUAGCGAAACUAAGUUCACCGUGUAUCAUACAACUGAUGGCAGCUGAAUCAAACACGAUUUGAUGUGAUUGAAUAAAAAAAUUAAAAAUUGAUACGAUCCGACAUACAGCUGAUAUCGAUUACGCCGGAAUCUCGAUUAAUUUAU